UUUACAUCCAUAAUUAGCAGUCUAAUUAUAUCUCACGAUGCUUGGGAUCUCCAAUCACGCGUCCAUCUUAUACAGCUCAACACAAAGCAAUUUACACCAUUACACGAGAAGGCAAAAAUUUGUGAUAUAAGUUAGUUUUGUUUUGACAAAACAAAGACUUCUUUGUUUAAUUUCCAUGUGUCUGAGGAGGGAGCGAACAACAAUCCCAGGGUGCUUUUAUUGUUAGGACAUUUCUUGGUUUCUCAGACAACUUGAACAAAAAAAAUACUUUCCUGACUUCCAGGAUCAUUUUGGAAGAGACGAGGAAAGAGGAGCUAAGGAAAGAAAGCAAUGGCAUUCACUGGAACCCUGGAUAAAUGCAAGGCUUGUGACAAGACUGUUUAUGUUGUUGAUAUGAUGUCUCUUGAAGGAGUGCCUUAUCAUAAAUCCUGCUUCAAAUGCUCCCAUUGCAAAGGAACUCUUGUGAUGAGCAACUACUCAUCCAUGGAUGGAGUCCUCUACUGCAAGACUCAUUUUGAGCAACUUUUCAAGGAGGGUGGCGAUUUCAGCAAGAAUUUUCAGAAAGGCAAGCCUGAGAGGACUCAUGAGCUGAUUAGGACCCCAAGCAAACUCUCUUCCGUGUUCUGUGGAACCCAAGACAAAUGCUCCACUUGCGGCAAAACAGUGUACCCAUUGGAGAAGGUUACCAUGGAGGGAGAAUGUUACCACAAGACGUGCUUCAGGUGUGCUCAUGGUGGGUGUCCACUCACACACUCAUCUUAUGCUGCUCUUGACGGAGUCCUCUACUGCAAGGUCCACUUUGCUCAGCUCUUCAUGGAAAAGGGAACCUAUAGCCAUGUCCUCGCAGGAGCUACACAUAAGAGAUCAACCUCCACGCCACCUCCUGAACUGGCCGAGUCAAACACAGAGGAAGCAGCUGCUGCUGAGGAUAAGUCAGAAGAACAAUCUUAAACGAAGCAGCACAUCAUGGUUUCUUGCACUGCUAUCUGUUCAAGCUGUCAGGACUGUUUUGAAUUUUCAUGUUGUUGAAUAUUAUUGCCGGAUUGUAUUCAAAGUCUAUUUUUGGAUUUGAUUAACUUUGUUACAAAUUAUGCCUUGGUACAAGAUAUUGAACUGCACUAGUUUUUCCAAA